AUGCCAUCAUUACGACCAAAAUCAUCUCCAUUAAAAGCCCAGAAAAAUAUAGUUCCUUAUUGGAAUGACCAAGUUGCAACCUGGUCAAAGAAAAGCAACUCUGAAGUUAAAUGUAUGCGAUUAAAUACAAAUGAUGAUAAUGAUGAAAGUGGAAGUCAUAAUGGAAAGAGAAAAAAGUUUCAAACAACACGACGGGCAAAACGAAGGAAAAAGGAAUCAUUAAUACGCUCAAUUAAAAUUCGAGUAUACCCGAACAAAGCACAAAAGGAUUUAUUAAAACAAUGGAUAGUUCUUUUUUCGCAUUCUCCUCAAACACCGCAUCAAAACAACAAGAGAGUGGGCUUUUAUGGAAAAAGUUCCUUAGAUCAUUCUAUUACAAGUGCGAUUUUAGCUCGUAAUGAAGUUAUACGACGCAAUAAUGAAUUGCGAAAACAAGGUCAACCACAAAAUCACAAAUUACACUUUAUUUCAAAAAAGAGCGAACAACAAACAAUAUCUAUCCGAGCUCAUUAUUGUCGCAAUCCACUUCGUUUUUAUUUACGGCUCUUACAUAACAAGCAACUUAUUCAAGCUAAUACUGAGUAUCCACGGUAUAAACCUAAGGGAAAAGUAACACUAGAUUCAAAAUUAUCAUAUAGUAAAAAAUUAAGACACUGGACCUUUAUCUGGGUUUAUGGCAAAGAAAUCUGCGAAAACCAAGCAGAUUAUACUCACGUAGCAUCUAUAAAUCCUGGAGUCCGCACAUUUCUUACUUGUUAUUCACCAACUAUUGGACAUGGAAAUUUUGGAGAUAAUGACAUUAAUCGCAUUUUUCGCCUAGGACUUGUACUUGAUGAUCUUAUUUCACGUACCUCUAAGGCGCCAGCAAAAAAACCUGCAUUAUGGUUAACUCGUACUUUUGAUGUAAUUGUUUUACCAACAUUUGACAGCACUCGAAUGUCUUGUCGACAAAAAAGAAAAAUUAAUAGUAAGACAGUUCGAAAGAUGAUGAGUUGGGCAUAUGCUAGGUUCAGAAAUCGAUUGAUCUCUAAAAUGAAAGAAUUUGGCAAAAUUGUAAUAACAUCUGUUUCAGAAGCAUAUACAAGUAAAACAUGCAGCCGUUGUGGAUAUAUUAAAAACAAUCUAGGAGGGAAUAGACAGUUAGGU